AUGUACCGUCGAUGAAAAAUGAGGACUGGUCUCAGGUCUGGUGUUCUAAUUUGAAUCCGGCAGUCAUGGACGCGACUAUAAAAUCAAAAAAGACAAAUCCGUUACAAAAUAGCAACCCUUUUGCGAAAUUGUUCUUUUUGUCGUUGAUACCGACUAUAUGGCGCGGAUUCAAACGGGGUCUGACCCCUAAGGACCUCACGAAAACUGUGGAAGACGAUCAAGCGAAGGCGCUUGGUGACUUGCUAGAAAGAAAUUGGUACGAGGAACUUAAUAAUGCCGAAAAACGAAAUCGAAGACCAAAAUUUUAUAAAGCGCUACUUCGAACAUUUUGGAAGAGUCAUUUUUGUGAUGGAUUACUUUAUCUUGCUUUUGUAGGAAUCAAAUCUCUACAGCCCUUAUUAUUAGGCAGUUUUCUCAUGUAUUUCAAGACCAACUCAGAAGUGACAAAAAAGCAAGCCCUCCAAUUUGCAGGAAUGCUCUCGGCAAUGAGCGCUUUAGCCGUGAUUAUCGAUCACCAUGCAGAACUUAGACAACGUGUGGUUGGAAUGAGGACCCGCGUGGCCUGCUCGUCUUUGGUUUAUCGAAAGCUUCUUCGUUUAUCCAAGACCGUCUGCAGCCAAUUACCUGUGGGUCAAUUGAUAAAUAUAAUUUCUAAUGAUUCAACCAGAUUUGAUCACGGUAUGCUAUUCGCUAACUUUUUAUGGAUCACACCAUUACAGCUUGCUCUCAUAUGUUAUUUAUCAUAUGAUGCUGUCGGGAUUCCGACUUUUAUAGGUAUCGGGGCUUGUUUAUUACAAAUAUUACCACUUGUAAAUCUUUAUGCAAAAUUAACUUCAAAAUGUAGAAAAUCAAUUGCUGUAUUAACUGAUAAGAGAGUAAGACUGAUGGAUGAAAUUAUCUGUGGAAUCAAGGUGAUAAAAAUGUAUGCAUGGGAAAAGCCUUUUGCGGCUUUGGUGUCGAAGGUGCGAAGAGAAGAACUUUCAUCGGUAUUUAAGGCAAAUAUCGUCCGUUCACUGACUCACCAUUUGAUGAUAAUCACUGAAAGAACUACACUUUUUAUAACAUUGUUGGCUUGUGUUUUACUCGGAGUGGAUUUCGAUGCACAGACAGUUUUCUCGUUAGUUUUAUAUUACAAUACACUGCAGAUGACCAUAUCAGUAUAUUUUGCGGUUGCAUUGUAUCAAGGUGCGGAGUUAAUCGUUACGUUAAAACGAAUUGAAGAAUUUUUACUACAAGAAGAAAUAUGCAAUCCUAACUCCAAUGUCAUCGUAAAAGACAUAUACAAUGUAUUGGAUUGCAAUGGCGAUGUGAUCAAACCUAAGAAAUCUAAAUAUGCACUUGAUAUAGAUCAUGUUACUGCUUGUUGGACAUCUAUAUCAGAUGCUUUGGUUGACAUUACUGUUAAAAUACCUGUUGGAAAGCUGUGCGCACUUAUUGGACCUGUUGCUUCUGGAAAAAGUUCAUUCUUGCAAUUAAUUCUUGAUGAAAUGCCGGUUGACUCUGGGACUCUCAAUGCAGAUGGUACUGUAUCGUAUGCAUCGCAGAAUUCCUGGCUUUUUACUGGAACUAUACGGGAUAAUAUAUUAUUUGGUUUACCUUAUGAGAAGAUACGUUAUAGAGAGGUUCUCAGAACAUGUUCUCUCGAAAAGGAUUUAAAGUCGUUUCCGCUGAAAGACCUGACUAUCGUCGGAGAACGCGGCGCCUCUUUGUCUGGCGGGCAGCGCGCUCGCGUCAGUUUGGCCCGAGCUGCUUACAGGCGCGCCGACAUUUAUCUACUUGAUGACCCUUUGUCUGCCGUGGACGCACAUGUUGGCCGAUAUUUGUUCGAUAAAUGCAUCGGUAAUAAUGGAUUGCUAUCUAGUUCUACAAGAAUAUUGGUGACACAUCAAUUGCACUUUUUGUCUGAAGCCGAUUGGAUUAUAAUACUUAAUAAUGGUCGGAUACAAAACCAAGGAACUUAUGCUGAUCUUGUGAACAGCAAUGUUAAUUUCGCAUCUCUUUUGUCACAACCAGAAGUUUCUGAAUACGAAGAUAAAAAGUCAAUAGAUUUUACGUCUGUGGAUUCACCAGUUUUGAAACGAAGGAUGUCAUCGCAAUUGCGUCGUACUUCUACUGCAGCUGUUGAAGAUGUUUCAGGACCACCAGACCCAGAAGAUUUAGAAGAGCAUCAAGGUCAAGGAACAAUGUCGUUCAAAGUUUUCUUCUGGUAUUUAGUUGCUGGAUCAAAUAAAUGUGGACUAUUAGGCCUCAUCUUCAUUUUUGUCCUAGCUCAACUUUUUGCCAUGGUUACUGAUUAUUGGUCUAGUUUUUGGACAAAGCAGGAGGAUCUAAUAAAAAAAUAUGAAAACAAAGAAAGUGCAGAAUCACCAUUGCUUACCACAUACCAGUCGCUGUAUAUUUAUUCAGGACUUAUAGUUGGACUCAUUUUGACUAUUCAUAUAAAAAUUUACUUCUAUUUAUUGAACUGUAAAAGAUCAACCCAGAAACUUCAUGAUAAAAUGUUCGGAAAAUUAUUAGAAGCUGUAACACGCUUCUUUGAUAUCAAUCCUACAGGGAGAAUUUUAAAUAGAUUUUCAAAAGAUAUGGGUAUUAUAGAUGAAUAUUUGCCAAAAUCCUUGAUGAAUGCAUUACAAUUAAUACUCUCUUCUGCGUGUACAGCAAUAAUAAUAUCGAUGACAAAUUAUUAUCUUUUAAUACCAAUAAUAGUAAUGUUUUCUGUCUUUUGUGGAUUAUUUAUAAUAUACUUGAGAACUGGACAAGAUAUGAGAAGAAUUGAAGGGAUAUGUCGCAGUCCAGUUUAUUCUUAUUUGUCUUCAACUUACGCUGGAUUGGAUACGAUCCGUUCACGUGAAGCAACGACCCGAGUUUCUUCGGAAUUUGAUGGUCUUUUAGAUGUGCAUUCCGCGCAAUGGCAUCAUCUAGUUGUGGCUGCUCAGACCCUAGGAUUCUGGUUGGAAAUGGCCAGCGUGGUCUUUUCGACUAUUGUUUGUUUCAGUUUUGUUUUGAUGGAAGAUUGGAUUGGCUUGACAUUUGCGGGCCAAGUCGGAUUGGCCGUAACGCAAGCAAUGGCUCUUACAUCAGUACUUCAAUACGGUGUUCGGAUGUUAACAGACGUUAUAAACGAUAUGUUAAGCGUAGAAAGAGUUUUGGAAUAUACAGAUUUAGAACAAGAACCAAAGCCUGGUAAAUUACCUCCGGAUACUUGGCCUCCUAAUGGAAGAAUAGAAUUUCGUGAUAUGUCUCUGAAGUAUAUAAAAUAUUCCAAGCCAGUGUUGAGAGAUUUAACUUUAGUAGUAGAAUCAGGAUGGAAGAUCGGUGUAGUAGGACGAACUGGUGCAGGAAAAUCAUCUCUGAUCGCUGCUCUUUUCCGACUUGCGCCGUUAGAAGGCUCAAUUAUUAUCGAUGGUUUGGAAACUGGACGAAUAAAUCUAGAUGCUCUACGUUCAAAACUAUCCAUAAUACCCCAAGAUCCAGUUCUAUUUAAUGGGACUUUAAGAUAUAAUUUAGAUCCAUUUGGGAAAUACGAUGACAGCGAAAUGUGGCAUGCGUUAGACCUUGUUGAUAUGAAAAAUUCAGUGAAUUCUUUGGAUGUCUCAGUUUCCGAAGGAGGUAAUAAUUUUAGCGUCGGUCAAAAGCAAUUGAUAUGCCUUGCAAGAGCCAUUUUGAGACGUAACAAAAUACUUAUUCUUGACGAGGCUACUGCUAAUGUAGAUCCACAGACUGAUGCUUUAAUACAAAAAUCUAUACGCACACAAUUUUCAAAAUGCACCGUACUGACAAUUGCUCAUCGCCUGCAUACUGUAAUGGACUCUGAUCGUAUCCUGGUUAUGGAUGCAGGAAGGCCCAGAGAAUUUGGCACACCAUAUGAUUUAUUAAUGUUGCCAGGAAGUAUGUUGGCAUCCCUUGUUUCUGAAACUGGACAAGCGGAUAAACUGCUUGAUAUAGCAAAACAAGCAUUUGUCAAUUCUGGUUAUGAAAUUGCUCCAAAUGGUUCUGCAAUGAAGGAAACCAAUGGCGAGAUUGUACUGGAAGUAGAGUAUAGGCCAAAUGGUCAUAUGACUAUAUGCAAUAAACCUUGUAAUGGCUUUUCAAAUGAAGCAUUUGUAGAAGAUAUUGAUACUAAAUUGUGA